AACAAACGGUGGGCCGGACUAGGCCUUCUUCUAGGAGUCAAAAAUCCCCGCAACCAAACACCAUUUAUUUUCUCUUUUCUUUCUAUUUCUUUCUCAUUUCUCUUCAUAUUAAAAUUCAUCAUUUCUUCAUCACCAUCCAACAAUAUCAUGACCUGAAUUAGAUCCGGAUCGAGGAGGGAGUGAAUAGAAGGGAAUAGCCACAUACAGACAGAGAGAAAGUGAAGAUGAGUGAGAGCCAGAGGUUCCAGCUGGGGACUCUGGGUGCUCUGAGUUUAUCAGUUGUAUCGUCGGUUUCGAUUGUGAUAUGCAACAAGGCUCUCAUUAGUACUCUCGGUUUCACUUUUGCCACAACAUUAACAAGCUGGCAUCUUCUGGUCACAUUUUGUUCUCUUCAUGUGGCAUUAUGGAUGAAAUUGUUUGAACACAAGCCUUUUGAUGCAAGAGCUGUAAUGGGAUUUGGCAUAUUAAAUGGGAUAUCCAUUGGGCUUUUGAAUCUUAGCUUGGGUUUCAACUCUGUUGGUUUCUAUCAGAUGACAAAAUUGGCAAUCAUCCCAUGUACGGUUCUUUUGGAGACGCUUUUCUUCAGGAAGAGAUUCAGCCGGAAUAUCCAGCUUUCACUGGCGAUCCUUCUUGUGGGUGUUGGAAUUGCAACUGUGACUGAUCUUCAACUCAAUGUCCUUGGUUCUGUCUUGUCUGUACUUGCAGUUAUUACAACUUGUAUUGCUCAGAUUAUGACCAAUACUAUCCAGAAGAAGUUCAAAGUCUCUUCCACCCAACUUUUAUAUCAGUCUUGCCCCUAUCAAGCAUUAACUUUGUUCAUUAUUGGUCCAUUUCUAGAUGGCCUACUGACUAAUCAAAAUGUUUUUGCUUUCAAGUACACCCCUCAAGUUCUGUUCUUCAUAGUUCUGUCCUGCCUGAUAUCCGUCUCUGUGAACUUCAGUACUUUUCUGGUAAUUGGGAAAACAUCCCCCGUCACCUAUCAGGUCCUAGGGCAUCUGAAAACAUGCCUAGUUUUGGCCUUUGGUUAUGUUCUACUUCGUGAUCCUUUUAGCUGGCGCAACAUCUUAGGGAUCCUUAUUGCAGUAAUUGGGAUGGUAUUGUAUUCUUACUAUUGCACCACGGAGAAUCAGCAGAAGGCCAGUGAAGCAUCAGCAAAAUUGCCUGAGGUUAAGGAAAGUGAAUCUGAUCCUCUGGUUGGUGUAGAAACUGGAGCCGAUGUAGUCCCAAAAGCUCCCGUGUGGAAUUCAAACAAGGAUCUUCAUGCAUAAACCUCAAAUUUUAUAAAUUCAUUCACCCUAGAUCAAUAUUAGUAGGUGAAACUUUUUCAGCGAUGAAGAUGUUGCUGGCAAGGGUCUUCAUAUAUCGCAGUUGGGGUAUUCUGAGAUCAUUUCCUCUAUUAUAUUAGACUGAGUUGAAGGAAAUUGUCCUUUUAUAUAGCAUUUUUGGUUUUUAGUUUUGCAUGAAUCAGAAAUGGCAAUGGGAUGAUACCGGAAUUUGACUUGUUAAAUGUAUACUUUUGUUCCCCAAUACUAGAAAAAAAGAAUUCCAUUAAUGUUCUUUCUGUUUGUAUUCCUACCAAUCUGUGAAGAAUGAAGGCUUCUUGCCCUUGACUA